AUGACUGGACUGCUGUUCAAGGAAGACAACCCAACGUUUCCGGACAGCCUACCGAUGGCGCUGCGGCGCAUGGAGAGCCUAGAGAAGAAAAUGUCGAAAAACCCUAAGUUGGAAGCUGCAGUGAAACAACAAAUAAUCCAGUAUCUGGAAAAAGGCUACUGUCAUGAAGCAACGGAGGAGGAACUGGCAUCUGUAAUCCCUGGCAAGGUUUGGUACUUGCCGUUAAACGUUGUUGUCAAUCCGAAAAAAAGACAAGAUUCGCUUGGUAUUGGACGCGGCGGCCGAAGUGAAUGGCGUGUCGCUCAACUCCAAGCUCCUGAAAGGGCCGGACUACUUGGCCUCUCUACCAUCCGUGAUCGCCAAAUCUCGGGAGUUUCCCCAUCGGAUUUGGAAGUGACAUCCCACUAUGUGGACGAUUACUCCGACAGCACGGACACUGUCGAAAAGGCUGUCCAGCGGGCAAGCGAGGUAAGAUUCGUUCACUCUAAAGGCGGUUUCGAAAUCAGAGGCUGGGUGUCAAAUUCUCUGGAAUUCCUGGAACGCAUGGGUGAAACGGAGAAGAAACAAGUAAUUCAUCUCGACUCGGCUAACCCGGAACGCGUUUUGGGGAUAGUGUGGAAUGCAAAGGACGACGUCUUCGCAUUUACAACCAAGAUGCGCGACUCGUUAAUGCCAUACCUAUCCUCUGGAGAAAAGGCUGCGAAUGGGACCAAGUCAUCGACGGAGAAGGGUUGGAAACGGUGGACGAGCUAUUUGGGAGCUGUAGAAGCGGUAAAGAUACCGCGGUACUACAUCGGCGACGGUCUUGCUCUCGACUACUCAACGCUGCAGCUGCACAUUUUCGCAGAUGCAAGCGAGAAUGCAUACGGCUGCGUAGGCUACUUCCGCAUCUUAGCUGGGGAGGUCCCUCGAUGUGCGUUGGUGCAAUCAAAAUCAAAAGUCGCACCGAUCAAGCAAGCGUCGAUCCCGCGGCUGGAAUUGAUGGCGGCCGUACAAGGAGUUGGUCUUGCGGGAAACAUCAAAGACAAUCACAGUCUGAAUAUAGAACAAGUGUUCUACUGGACAGACUCACGCACCGUUCACUCAUGGGUUGUUUCCGAUCAAAGAAAAUAUAAGGCUUUCGUUGCAUUUCGGAUUGGAGAGAUUAUCAGCCGGUCGCGGCCAUCAGAGUGGCGGUGGGUGCCCACUAAACUGAAUGUUGCGGACCAACUAACGAAAUGGAGCAAUGGUCCGCAGCUUGAUUCAAACAGUUCUUGGUUGCGAGGUCCGCAGUUUUUGUACAAACCAGAAGCUGAGUGGCCAUUACAGCAAUUCAAAAAACCGAAUGUCGAAGAUGAGAUGCGAGCAACAUUCCUGCUACACGACGUCGAAGUACAAGGUAAGUUGGUGGACAUAUCCAGAUUUUCUAAGUGGAAUGUGCUUAUCAGAACGCUGGCAUGUGUAAAUAGGUUCAUCAACAAUCUGCGAGCGAAGCGACAAGGGAAGGUGAUAGAAGUUGUUCCAGCACCGCCGAAAAUUAAAACAUUAGUACUAAGGAAGCUAUCGGCUAUCGAGAAGCCGAUCGACCGCGAAGAACAUCAAGUAGCAGAAAGAGCGUUGUUGAAGUUGGCACAGGUGGAGGCAUAUCCGGACGAAGUGAGAACUUUGUUGAAGAGUCGUCAAGCAAAAUGUUCAACCGGAGUGAAUCUGGAAAAAAGCAGUCUUCUCUACAAGCUGUCACCGAUACUGGAUGAGUUUGAUGUAAUACGAAUGGAAGGACGGUUGGCCACGGCGGACUUCUCACCCUUCGAACUGCGUUACCCGAUAGUGUUGCCAAGGGGUCAUCAGAUCACACGUAAACUUCUGGACCAUUAUCAUCAAAAGUUCGGCCAUGCAGGACGGGAGACGGUCACCAACGAAGUGCGACAGAGGUUCUGCAUUCCGCAUCUUCGAGCCGAAAUAAAGAAGGUGAUGGACAGUUGCAUGUGGUGCAAAAUUAAGAAAUGCAAACCUGACACACCGAGAAUGGCACCGUUACUAAUACAGCGUAUAACUCCCAAUCGUCGUCCGUUCAGUUUUAGUGGAGUCGACUUCUUCGGUCCUCUGGAGGUAACCGUCGGUCGGCAUGUGGAGAAACGAUGGGUGGCGUUGUUCACAUGUCUCGUUACCAGAGCAAUCCACCUAGAAGUGGCCCAUAGUUUGUCGAGCCAGUCCUGCUUGAUGGCCAUAAGACGGUUUGCAUGUCGACGGGGAAUGCCGGGGGUGGAGUUCUUCUCAGACAACGCGACCAAUUUCGUAGCAGCGAGUAAAAAGGUGAUGAGGAACAUCGUGAUGAGCUGUAGUGAAGCGUUCACGGACGCAUGA